UCCGCGCAUAGUGUUAGGUUAGUGUCAACGUCAGGUGUUUACUGGUGCGUUGUUUACCGGACCUCGUGCAGCGAUAAUCUCUCCGUUUGCGCGGCUCGAUGGAGACCAUUAACACGCGUUACGCCGUCGGAGAGGCUUAGCUAAGACCGUGGUGCAGUCGUCGUAAUAAUCUCGUGGAACUACUCUCGUAAUCCGCGAAACUAUCGUGUUCGGGGAGAGAAAACUUUAGCGUGUACCAGACACCGGCGGAACUUUUACCGUGAGACUCUUAGAUUAUAGUUACUGCUUGGACGACGAAGAAAUGAUAAUGUUGGAAAGGGUGAUAACAAAGCUGGACAGAAGAGGCAAGGCCGAGCGAGAAUCUCCAGGAGACUUCUCCCGGAACUGAAGAGAUCAUCGGUAUGUUCUUUUUGAAGACAGUGCAUGCAUCCCGUUCGUCUCUUCUCUUGUUUUCUCCAACGUGAAGAAGAAAAAAAGGGGGGAAGAUGUAUCGUGUAAGAAAGUGCAUGCACCGUCUUCAAAGAGAACAUACCACAUGAAGCAGUGUUUAGACAUAAUAAAUAAUGAAAAUAUCAUUGCAAUACGAGGAUUGGAUAAGUGACCUUAUAUACGUGAUAUUUUCAUUAAAAUUAUAUUCAUUAUUUACGUUCUAAACACUGCUUUGUGAUUUCAGGAAGCUGGCAUAUUUAGAAAUGGUGUAAAGAGUAGAGACAUCCAUAGAGCAGAGAUAUUGGAAGAUACAGUCCGUAAAGCCCGGCUAACGGCAGAUGUACUGGGACUUCUCAAUAGAGACACUCACGAAUCCAAACGUAUAAUGAAGAUUCCAACACAUGAUAAAACUGCUAAACAAUCGUCAAGUAAAGGUUAUAUGAAAGACAAUUUGGAAUUGACGCCAUGUAUUCCAGAGCAAAGCCCUGUUUUAGGAAAGAGACAAGGUCAAAAUCAGAAGCCGUGUUUUGCUUGUAAAAAGAAAGGAGAGUUAAACAUCUUAGACGAGUUAGAUUUAAACGAAAUUAAAAAACAAAAUGUUAAUGACGAAUCAAGAUAUGUUCAAAAAGAGAACAUAUGUAAGCGAAGACUGUUCGAAAAUGAUAGAGAACAAUUGGGAAUUAUUACUCCACAAAUAUUUGAUAUUAUCGAUCUUACGAAAGAAAGUAAUGCUGUGGAAAGUAAUGGCAAAGAAACAGAGCUAAUACGUUCAAAUAACAAGGAUUCAUUGCGUGACCCAUUAAGUCGCUAUACAGAAUUUUGCAAAAUGAUUUCCGCCGAGAAUUUUGAUGUAGAUAUUCUACCAGAUUGUCCAGAUCCUGUUACAACAACAAUGAAAAGAUUAAGAAAUACAUACGCUGAAUCUUUUCGUCAACAACUUUCACGUAGAAAGAAUAAACGAGAAUUGGAAAAUGUGAAAUCUGCAUACUCUGUGGAACAUCAAGCUUGUACAUCUGCGGACAUUUCGCAGUUGUCACCUGUCGAAUUCGAAGUUCCUAAGUGUAACGAAAAUCGCACUACCGCAUCUCGCCUUCAAAUAAAAAUUCAAUUUCAGAAAAAUCCUGACUACGUUAGUCAUCUUUUAAAAAAUAAACGACUAGAUAAAGAUAAUUCUUCGAUUGACAUUCCUGGUUAUGAGAAUUCGCGACGUAUUGAUAAUUCGAAACACUUAGAAGCUUCGAUGUUAAAUAAUUCUGUGUUAGAGAGACAUUUUGCGAAAGAUUAUUCCCGUACGAAAUUGCAGAUCGCUGUUUCUGACAAUUAUACAACAAACGGUGUACCUCAAAAAAGUAGUAACGAAACAACAAAUAAGUGUAAUGUCAAGAAUGUUAAACGAAUACCUACCAUUCUACAUCGUGGCGACAUUAAUAAGUCUAAUCACUUUGAACGGAUAAACGACAAUUAUGCGAAUGGCUUAUAUAAGAAAUGUGAAACCAAUCUAUUUAGAGAUUAUAGAGAUCCAAGCAACGGCAUUGAAAAGCAAUUAUAUGAAAAUCCAUUUGAAAAUCGUCCUACACCUGCCACAGUGAACAUGAUGUUUGAGCAAACAAAAAUACUGGAGCCACAAAUUGACUCGGUGAAGAUAAAAGAUUCGCAAGAUUCUCUAGUUGAACAGUUUGAUAUAAACAUGUAUCCCAACAAACAUAGUGGAAGAAAUGAAUUUUACCAAUACGGUGGUGAUCCCCCGCGAUCUUUCGAAGCUUCGAAUAAUACAAAUGCGUACAUUGAAAAACUGCCUCAACAGAAACAAAUCUCAUCAGACGUGAGGAAAAGAAAUGUUUUUCAUUCAAAUAACUGUCAUCCGAUUAAUAAUUUUCAAGAUGUAAGUUUUUCUAAUUUCAAUGUAGAGCCAACAAAACAAUUUCCUCAACGAACUAAAUUACAUGUGUAUGAGGUCGACAAGCAAGAGCUCAGAAAAAAUAUCCGCGAUCAGAAUCAAAAUAUCCUUGUCAAUAAUGUUAACGAUAGAGCGAUGCCAACGCAAAUGUUAAACUUUCCCCAAAAUGUUCAAACCGAAGAAAGAUAUGCGGAAUUACGCCAGGAAAAUCAACUUAGUAGAAUAGACGUAGAGCGCACCAAGAAUCAAGUUAAUCAAAAUGCGUAUCAUUGCAACGAACAGCAUAUUUAUUCCGAUUCUACCAAUUGUCCACAUAAAUGUAAAGAACAAGCGAAUUAUUUUCGUAAAGAGACUGUUCAGCCUGAAAGUUUGCGCGACACGAGAGGCUACAAUAACAGCGUAGGGAAUUGCGUUAAUUUAUCUAGCACUGCGCGAAACGUACCGUUAUCACUGAUACAAAAGAAUAAUCUGUGCACGUAUCCGAAAGUGGGCGACGAUCGACAUCGCGCAGUGCUGCUGCAAAACGUCACUGCUCAAUCCGAUUCUACCAAUUGUCCACAUAAAUAUUAUAAAGAACAAGCGAAUUAUUUUCAUAAAGAAACUGUUCAGCCUGAAAGUUUGCGCGGCACGAGAGACUACGAUAACAGCGUAGGGAAUUGCGUUAAUUUACCUAGCACUACGCGAAAAGUACCGUUAUCACUGAUACAAAACAAUAAUCUGUGUACGUAUCCGAAAGCGGUCGACGAUCGACAUCGCGUAGUGCUGCUGCAAAACGUCACUACUCAACCUGUAAAAUAUUUAGCUGUGGAAAACAGCUGUAAUUCGAAUCACGUCCAAAGAAUUCCCGUGCAUAUAAGUGACAGAGGUGUUAGGAUUGCGGAAAAUGUCCCGUUAAAGGUAACAACUGUAAUGGAUUCGAGUACCCAAACGUUUCCGCAAGAAAUUGCGACCGUAGUACCGUUGCAAACAAAUAGUUUGCACAUUGACGAUUAUGCAACACGUAGGACAAGUGAUCAAUCUUUCGCGAAGCGUUUAGAUUCUGUGACUACGGUACUGUUUAAUCCGGAUUCACAAUCUAAUAUUUGGUACGCUUCGAAUUUGUGAAUGUGUGGACACAAAUUACACCGCAGUACACGCAUACUUGAUCGUAGCGUCACAGCACAUCGAUCAUAUUUCUUGCGGGAAGUAUUAUAGUUGCGAGAGAGAUGCCAUGUGCCUUCUCUUGCCAUACAUAUAAACAUUUGUUAUUAAGAUGAGAGUUAUAAGUCUGCCCCCAGAAAGGCGAAGUUGUAUCUACUUUAUAUAGGCUAUAUAUUUUGUGGAGAGAAGGGAACCUCCUGGAAAGAAGUAAUAUAUUUUUAUAAUGCCUUA